AUGGCGAGUUUGGAGGCGUCGAGCUUGUUUAGCAUCGAGGGGAUGGUGUUCGUUAUCACCGGAGGUGGAACAGGAAUUGGUGCGAUGUUUGCAAACGCGCUCGAUGUAAACGGUGCUUCGAAGGUCUAUAUCCUCGGACGCCGAAUGGAAAAGCUCCAAGAAGUCGCUGCUGCCGCAAAGAACAAGUCCAUCGUUCCCAUCCAGUGCGAUAUCACCUCCAACGACUCUCUCGCCGCUGCAGCAACCCAGGUUGAAAAGGAAGCCGGUUACCUCAAUGUUUUGAUCGCCAAUUCUGGGGCAACUGGACCAAAUCUGUACGGUCUACCCAAAGACCGCCGCCCCACAGUAGAUGAGAUCCACAAGUACCUAUGGAACACACCGAGAGACCAUUUUAAUGAGGCAUUCGAGGUUAACGCCACCGCUUGCUUCUACACCUUGAUUGCUUUCCUCAAACUCUUAUCAAAAGGCAAUGAGAGCGAAGCGGGUAAGAGCCUUGGGGUGAAGAGCCAGUUUAUUGUUACUGGCAGCAUUGGUGCAUUCGCAAGGAGACCUGGAAUGGGCUUCGCGUACGCUGGAGCUAAGAUGGCGAUAAUUCAUAUUGUAAAGCAGUUGACAACAAUGUUGGCAGACUGGAGGCUUGAUAUCCGGGCAAAUGUGUUCUGCCCAGGUGUGUAUCCAAGUGACAUGAGUAAGGGCUUGAUGGGUAGCAAUGAUAUGUCAAAUGAAGGCUCUAUCUCGCCAGAGAUGAUACCCGCGACUAGGGCAGGCACUGCGGAAGACGCCGGUGGUGCUCUCCUUUUCAUGGUCAGCCGAGCAGGUGCAUACACCAAUGGUAAUAUCAUCAUGUCUGAUGGUGGACGACAUGCGAUCGUUCCCGGCACAUUCUAG